AUGACUAUCUCCACAGACUCGGUACCAUCGAACACAACCACCGACCCGGCACCAUCAGAAACCGCCCCGCCCUUACCCGCCCCUCGCAUCCUCCCCCGCUGCCCACCUGACUACAUUGACGUCACCAGCUCUGGUUGUCAUGGAAACCAGGAAGGAGAACUCUACGUCCCCUACGAAUUCCCACCACCGCGGCCCGAAAUUCUAGAAUCACUUUGCUUCAUACAGGACCCAAUCCCUGAUCGGGAAAAAUGCCUUCAUCAGCUUGAAUGCACGUUGACGCCAGGGGCAUACUUAGUAAGGAAUUCCAGACAAAGUAAUCUCAAGAUCCUGGCAUACCUGUCUUCAGAUGGAACCGUCCGGGAGUACAAAGUACUCGAGCAGGACGCCAGGUUUACCCUGGAUAUGGAGGCGUUCUUCGCGUCCAUUGGGGAGCUGUUGGCAUUCUACAUGCAGACGACAAUUCCUGGCACCAACGAUUUGCUCAAGCAAGGAAUACAUGAAUUUGUCUAAAAACUGACCUGCGGAUUCAUUAGUAAUUGUGCAUAAAUUAUUAAAACAACAGCAAAGUGGAAGUGAUGUAUGCAAAAGUUAUUCAAAAUAGGAUGAUCUUUGAUGAUGAUAAAGUGUUCGAGUCAUUAAUGAGCUACAUAGACAUUCAAUGUGUGAGAUGUACAUAGACAAUGUGAUAUGGUUACAUAGACAGUGUGUUAUAGAUACAUAGACACUGUGCUACAAACCAUUUAACCACAUGGUUGGUAAUGAUAAACUCAAUGUUGCUGAAUAGAAAUGAAUUGCGACCUUUGUUCUUUUUCAAGUCUCAGCCUUCAGUGUAGACCUAGUUACUAGAGGACC